ACGAAAAUUUACAAAAUCACUGGGAUUGGGGUCUUGAAAAAUACUUAUUGCGGCAGAAUGAAUUGCGGCGCAGUGCAGUUUGUUUUGAAAUCUCUUCCCCGCAACGAGGAAAUAGCACGUCAGACAAAAGCCGAAAUAACACUACACUGAAACUACUUAUUCAUCAGCAUCACCUUUCUUUUCACAGUUCAAACAGUGAAAGAAGACUUUAAAUACGCAUGUGGGACGAGAUGUGUGAGCGGCGGAAACUGUAGGAUUCUGUCUUAGAUGACUCAACAGCUGUGUGGUGGUGAUCAGUCCUCAUGUGAUCCGCAGUCAUCAUAACGCCGCCGCGACCACAGUCGUCAAGAUGUGGCCGAUAACGUCGCUUUUGUUGGCCCUGGCCCUACAGGGUGUGUGCAGUGAAACGAAUAGUAAUGAAACAAAGGAGGAUUUUCCAUGCAAAGUGGUUGAUGGGGAUCAUGUCUACGAUCUCCGCGAACUUGCAUCGAGAGACUACUGGAAGUAUGAAGAGACCCUGCACACUGGUCUAUUCGAGAGCAGAGUAAUGUACAUGAGCUUCUGCCACCCCCUCAGGAACGUCCCAGUAGUGUGUGAGGGUGAAAAUGUGGGUGUUUGUGAGACUAAGAAGGAUGACACGGGGAGUGAGGUACCCCUAGGGAGUCGGGGGCAGGUGUCCGCCACGGGACCGGUCGUCACGGAGGAUGGCUGGCUGAACUACGUGUUUGAAUCUGGAGCAAAGUGCAACAAGAGCAUUCACGAUACCACAUACAAAACCUAUGUCCAUCUGUAUUGUGCUAGAGAUACUUCAAGUGAGACUGCUGUACCCAUGCUGAUGAGCUCUCCAGGAUGCGAGAGGACUUUCGCCUGGAUGACAAAGGCAGCAUGUCCUGUCAAGGCAGAGAUCACCACAGAAAGUUGUACAGUGAAGUUCUCAAACUUAGAUUACAUUCUGAAUCUUCAUACGCUACACGCAGAAAAGUAUUACAAUGUCUCAAGUUCGAAAGCCAAAUAUGAAUUGAAUAUCUGCGGCCCAGUCGCUGGUGGUCACUGUGGGUCAGAUGCAGCCACAAUGUGUGAUGUGACAGAUCCAUCAGCUCCUGUUGUACUUGGCACUUUGGAAGGUAUGGACAUCAAGUGGGAAAAUGAAGCUCUUAUUUUAAGCUACAAGCAUCAGGAAAACAGCGUUAAAGUCAUGUUGUUUUGUAAAAGAACUGCAACAUCUCCAGUUAUCGAUUUUGUGGAGGUCAACAACAAGGAAGUAGUACUUUCUGUCAAAACUGCAGCAGUUUGUCCUCCAGAUGAAGCUCCUGAAUGUGUCAUAGAGGAUGAUAAAGGCAAUGUUUAUGACCUGAGAUCUCUGAGGAAGGAGCAAGGAAACUGGGAGGUUGUUGAUGAACGAGACAACCAUAAGGAUCAACUGUACCACAUCAACGUGUGUGGGCAAGUGAAUGAAGGAAGGCACUACCACUGUCCUCCAGGAGUCAUUGGUGCAUGCCAGACCAGCUUUGAUGCCAUGACAGCCCACAACCUGGGUUUCCUUACUUCACACCCAAGCGUUAAUGAGGAUGGCUCUCUUACCAUUACUUAUACAGGUGGAGAUCAGUGUCAGGAUGGAAAACAUGCACGCUCUACAAGAAUCAACUUAAUAUGUAACGACAUUGAAUAUGAACCAGUAUUGGUAGAUGAAACUUCUACCUGUGAAUACAUAUUCACAUGGUUAACACCAGCUGCUUGUCCACGUCACUUAAAAAAAGGGACAAAUUGCUUAGUAGAAGAUCCUCUUUAUGGAAAUGUAUAUGAUCUAAAUCCAUUGAGAAAUCAAAUGAAAGAUUAUAAUGUUACUGAUGGAGAGCAUGACUAUUUGAUAAAUAUUUGUGGACCCCUUGUAUCAAAAUGCAAAGGAGAGGGCCAAUCUGGUGUUUGUCAAAUCAAAGGAGAUGAACAGUUUAGUGGAGGAAUGGCUACAAGUAACAUCACAUUUAAUGAUGGGACAUUAGUGAUGAAUUACUACGGUGGAACUGGAAGUUGUGCAGGCAAUAAUACAAGAUCUGCCCAAAUAAUUUUCCUAUGCGAUCAGAAUGCAAGUGGCAGAGAUGGUCCUCACUUCUUCCAUGAAGAUGAAACUUGCACUUAUCACUUUACAUGGCUGACAAUGCAUGCAUGCCCUCCAUUUAGUGUUGUGGACUGCAGUGUAGUUACUGAAAAUGGGACAAUUUAUGACCUUAAUGAAUUGUCAUCAUCUACUAUGAAUGAAGAAUAUUCUACAUCAGCUGGAAAUAAAAAGUUUGUGCUGAAUGUUUGUAGGUCAGUGGUCCAUAACAAAGAGAGUAGGUGUCCAUACAAUGCAGGUGCAUGUGUAAUUGAUUUGAAGCACAAAGAUAAGGCAUUGAAUAUUGGAAAGGUUCACAGUGGACCUUAUAUAGAGGAUGGCAAUUUGAAAAUAAAGUACAGUGGUGGAGAUCCAUGUGGUGAUUCUACCCAGCUUUCUGAAACUAUUAUUCAGUUCAACUGUGAUAAGGAAGAACUUUAUGCAUAUCCACAACUGGUAGCCCAAGAGGGUUGCAAAUACAUAUUUGAAUGGAACACACCUAUUGCCUGUCCCAUGCCACUUAUAGACCAUACCACAAGUGCUCCAGACACUAAGGGUAAUUGUACUGCAAAAAAUGACUUUACUGGCUAUAUCUUUGACCUGAAUUCUUUAAAAAAGAAAAUGGGCUAUGAAAUACAGGAUAGUGGUAAAAUCCAUCUUAUUUUAAAUGUCUGUGAUGAAGUUGAUACAAAACGAUGUCCAGACAAGGGAACAGGAGCAUGUUCUUAUACCCAUGAUAACCAUACAGAUAAUGUAAGUGCUGGAAAGGCAAAUGCAAACUUGCAGUAUCACCUUGGUUUUCUUUCCCUUUACUAUACUGGUGGACAAGCUUGUGGAAAUGGAGAACAACGUUCCACUCUAAUAAGCUUUAUAUGUGGAGCUGAAGAUGCACCAGAUAUACCUGUCCUUAUACAUGAAGAUCUAGAUAAAUGCAUCUAUUAUAUCAACUGGUAUACUGACUUGGCUUGUGAACGUAGGAUCAAUUGCUUUGUGGAUACAUGGGAACAGCGACUGGACUUGACACCUCUGAUCAGGUCAACUGGCAACUAUGAAGUUUCAAAUCCUGAGAAUCCAAAGCAGAAGUUUUACUUGAAUGUGUGUAGACCACUCAACCAUAUCAUUGGCCUGAACUGUCGCCCAGGUUCCUCUGCAUGUCUUUCUAUGUCAGAGUCUGAAGCCUUAAGUCUCGGCCAACCAAUUACAACUCCACAAUAUAUAUAUUCAAAUGAAAUUCAGAUGAUAUAUUCUCAUGGAUCUAAGUGCUUAACAAACUCUGCCAUAGGAAUUUCUUCACGAAUCGCAUUUAUUUGUGAUUUAGAUGCAGGCAAGGGAAGCCCAACAUACAAAAAUGUAACCCAUGAUUGCCAGUACCUGUUUGAGUGGCCAACAGCACUUGCAUGUGAAAACCGCCAAGAUGUCCCUGAUUCAGGCCCUGUGUGCCAAAUCCAGUUUAAUGCUGCAAAGACAAAUGUUAAUCUAAAACCUUUGAACAGACCAGAGGGAUAUUCUGUUAAGUUUGAGGAUAAGGAGUACAAAAUUAAUGUAUGUGGGGCAGCUUGUGGUGAAUCUGGUGUAUGCACAAGUGAUGGAACUAGUUUUGGUCUGAGCAGUAAGUCUGACUUAAAUUGGGAUUAUGACAAGUUGAAGCUCAUGUACUAUGGUGGUGACAGUUGCAGUGAUGCACUGUCAGGACAAAGAACCACAAUCAUAUACUUUUCAUGUAAUAUGAGUGUGGGAUUGGGAUACCCAGUCCCUGAUCCAAUAAUGAGGGAUUUAGAAUGUGCAGCAAUAUUCAACUGGGAAACUAAUUUAACCUGCAUUGAAGCCAUUUACAAUAUGGAUGACUCUUCUCACAACAAACCUAUAAAUUCUGACCCAGUUAUACCAGAUAAUGAAUCUCAUGAAGCUGCAAAACCUUCUGCUGAAGAAGGCAAUAGUGAUAGCCCUUCUGCAGACCAACAGCAAACGGAACCAGAGAGUGCAUAUUCAACAGUAUCUGCUGCCAUUUCCAGUGUCCUCAUUGUUACAGGAAUCAUAUUUGUGAUUAUCCUGGUUUUAUUCAAGUCUGAGCGGGGACAGCAAGUGGUGUCAUCUGCCAGGAGAUUCUUCGGCAUGAGAGGCACCUCCACUCUGCUCUUGGAUGACAUGAUGUAAAACACCAGCAUCUACAUGGUAAAGUGGAAUUCGACGGAUGGGUAAUGUUAUGUUAUUUAUUCAUCUUAAAGUAGGUUGUGUAUCACUACUAUACCUGUAGUGAUUUGUUUUGUUAUAGGGCUGUAUUACCAUAUUGUUAAUUAUGAAGAAGAUCCACUAUUAAAAAGAUUAUCAAUAAUGAAGUAACGAGCUAUGUUGCAUAUACGUUUGAUUAUGUAUUUUAUUUGGCCCGUGUUUUUUGUUUCAUGUAGCAAGAAAACAAACUGCUAUAUAUUUAUAGUAGAUAGCUGAAUCUUAUGAAUAAUUAGUAAUGAUAAAUCUAUAUUUGAAAAUCAUUGUGGUUACCUUUUUUUAAUUUAAGGUCAUUGCUCUGUCAUUAAAGUAUUUAGAAGUGUUUGCUUUUAUGAGCUUAAAUCAUUGUUUUGUUAGACUACUGGAAUUUGUUUUUGUUUUGUUUUGUUUUAUUUGAAUAUUGUUAUCUUGUCUUUGAAGUAGUUAUUUCAGUUGCUCAGCAACCCCAAGUAAUGUAUCCUAAACAUCAACGUUCAAAUACUGCUUUUCUAAGGAAAGAUAAAAUUUGUCCCUGUGUUACAUGAGGUGAAUUGCUCUACCUACAGAUUUUUCUUGAACUAUACUCCAAAAUUAAUUAAUAUGUAUGCUUCUAUGUAAUUUUACAUAGACAAGAAGUUUGCAGACCUAUUCUGUGUUCACAGUCAUUCUCUUAUAUAUCAUAGGAAGCAAUGUUUGAUACAACAAAGGACUCGAGUACUGUAAAAUAGAAUUUAAAAUUUGCAAGGACAUUAAAAAUUAACCCAUUAGAUAUGAUUAUUUUUAGUUAAAUAAUUGAAAAGACUUAGUUUAACGACACUGAUAAUUUGAAAUACAAUCUGCUUAUUAGAUAUCCUGACUAACAUAUAUAUUUGUAAAGGUUAUUUUGGUGCUCAUG